GGACUGAAUUGUGAGAAUGCGCCUCGAGUUUUCUUGGCUGGCUUUCGUGCUCUGCCUGUUCCUGCAACAGGAUCUUUACCAGGACUCUGUGCAGGCUGCCAACAUCCUAGGCAUAUUUUCUUACCACCUCAGCUCUCAUAAUCUAGUUGUGCUUCCAUUGGCAAGGGCUCUAGUUAAACGGGGACACAAUGUCACGUUGAUCACACCAGUUGGAAUGCCCCCCGAUAUCGAGGGAGUUCGACAUAUACGCGUUCCCAAGCUAAAUCAACGCGUCCAGGAAAUGAUCGAGUGUGACCAACUGUUGGACUUCUUUGGCAGCAAAUGGAUAGCAAGCCUGAUGGCAGUGUCAAUGCUCUACAAUAUGUCAUCGGAUAUACUAAGCGACAAAGGUGUUCAAAAGAUGUUACAAGACAGAAAUGAACAUUUUGACCUAGUUAUGCUAGAACCGUCUGCCCUAGAAGCGCUUUAUGGCGUCGUGGAGCACUAUAAUGCAACACUGAUGGGUUUUUCAGGUGGUAAUGUCAACUGGAGUACCGAAGAAGUCGCUGGAAACUUUGCACCAAGCAUCAACGAUCCAAUUUCAUCGCUGGGCUAUUCCCGAGGAAAUUCGCUCCUCAGCAAAAUUUACAACUGGGUCCAUAUCACAGAGGAAAAGCUGCUGACACACCUGAUCGUCCGACCAUCUCAACUGCGCAUCUUUAAGAAGUUUUUUGACUUUUCGGAGCAGAUAUUUUACAACAUGCGGGACAAGUACUCAGUGAUUUUGGUCAACAAUCACUUCAGUAUGGGCAGGGUACGAUCUAACGUACCGAACAUCAUAGAAGUCGGAGGACUGCAUCUCACCGAGCCAGCUGAGCCGUGUGAUUCGAAACUACAGAGAUUUAUGGACGACGCGGAGCACGGUGUUAUAUACUUCUCAAUGGGACAAGAGAUAAUGGUGCAGUUUUUGCCUGAGGACAUGCAGCAAAACCUUAUGAAAUCUUUAGUCCAAUUCAAUCAGAGGGUCGUUUGGAAAACCGAACUUUAUAAUAUGUCAAACAAAUCGGACAACGUAUAUGUGAUUGAACAACCUCCUCAGCGAGCGGUUCUGGCCCAUCCCAAUACUCGCCUCUUCAUCACAAACGGAGGUCUGCUAAGUGUAAUGGAGGCUGUUAACAGUGGAGUGCCGAUCUUGGGAUUGCCACUGUUCUUCGACCAGUUUAUUAAUCUGCGGAAUGUUAAUCUGCGUGGCAUGGCCGAGGUCUUGGACGCCAAUGAGAUGAGCUUAGAAAUUCUGACCUCAACUAUUCGAGAGUUGCUGGAGAACCCAAAAUAUGCUCUGAAUGCCAAGAAAAUGUCACAAUCCUUCAGGGACCGACCCAUGAGUCCUUUGGACACAGCAGUUUGGUGGACGGAAUACGCCCUGCGGAAUGGUGACGCCUCGCAUAUGCGCCUUAAGAUGGAGGAUAUUCCUCUUUACUACGAAUGGGAUUGGGUUCUCCUUUUAGGUCUCCGCUUUGGUAUUGUAUUUGGAUCUGUGAUUUACGUGGUCUACAAGUUAUUUCAAAAAACAAGUGAAGGGCGAAGGCCACUGCAAGAGCCUCUAAGACAUCUUAGCCUGCUUGAUCGAAGAUCGCAAACACAAUAACUUUACAAGUAUUGUUUUCUUUUACUGCUGCAAAAAGUCGAUUAACCACCUACCUGUUAAUAUAUAAGUUGAUCUCAAAAGUGUAUUGUAAAGAUGUAAUGAACAAAGUUACUGUAACCGGCGACUCGAAAGGGUUUAGAUAUGAAAAUGUUUUAUGUUAUGAAUAGAUAACACCACAUUGUCCAUUGUG